AUGCGUGAGGUCAUCAGCAUCAACGUCGGUCAGGCUGGUUGCCAGAUCGCUAACUCCUGCUGGGAGCCCGAUGGAUACUUGACCGAGGAGCGUAAGGCAGCUGACCCUGACCAUGGCUUCAGCACCUUCUUCUCCGAGACUGGCCAGGGCAAGUACGUCCCCCGUGCCAUCUACUGCGAUUUGGAGCCCAAUGUUGUCGACGAGGUCCGCACCGGCCCCUACCGUGGUCUCUUCCAUCCCGAGCACAUGAUUACUGGCAAGGAGGAUGCUUCCAACAACUACGCUCGUGGCCAUUACACCGUCGGCAAGGAGCUCAUUGACCAGGUCCUCGACAAGGUCCGCCGCGUCGCCGAUAACUGUGUCGGUCUUCAGGGCUUCCUCGUCUUCCACUCCUUCGGUGGUGGUACUGGCUCUGGUUUCGGUGCCCUCCUCAUGGAGCGCCUGUCCGUCGACUACGGCAAGAAGAGCAAGCUCGAGUUCUGUGUCUACCCCGCCCCUCAGACCGCUACCUCCGUCGUCGAGCCUUACAACUCUAUCCUUACUACCCACACCACCCUGGAGCAUUCUGACUGCUCAUUCAUGGUCGACAACGAGGCCAUCUACGACAUCUGCCGUCGCAACCUGGGUCUUGAGCGCCCCAACUACGAGAACCUUAACCGCUUGAUUGCCCAGGUCGUUUCUUCCAUCACCGCCUCCCUCCGCUUCGAUGGUUCCCUUAACGUCGAUUUGAACGAGUUCCAGACCAACUUGGUUCCCUACCCCCGUAUUCACUUCCCUCUCGUCGCCUACGCGCCUAUGAUCUCGGCCGCCAAGGCCGCCCACGAGGCCAACUCCGUUCAGGAGAUGACGAUGUCCUGCUUCGAGCCCAACAACCAGAUGGUCAAGUGCGACCCCCGCCACGGCAAGUACAUGGCCACCUGCUUGCUGUACCGCGGUGAUGUCGUUCCCAACGAUGCUCACGCCGCUGUCGCGACUCUCAAGACCAAGCGCACCAUUCAGUUCGUCGACUGGUGCCCCACUGGCUUCAAGCUCGGUAUCUGCUACCAGGCUCCCCAGAUGGUGCCCAACGGUGACCUCGCCAAGGUCAGCCGUGCUGUGUGCAUGCUCUCUAAUACCACAGCCAUUGCCGAGGCUUGGUCCGCUCUGUCGACCAAGUUCGAUCUCAUGUACUCCAAGCGUGCCUUCGUCCACUGGUAUGUUGGUGAGGGUAUGGAGGAGGGUGAAUUCUCCGAGGCUCGUGAGGAUCUCGCCGCACUGGAGCGCGAUUACGAGGAGGUUGCAGCCGACUCUCUUGAGGGCGAGGAGGGUCUUGAGGCAGAGUACUAA